AUGGUACAUUGGUACAUUCUGAUUGUGGCCCCAUAUAUCGCUAGAGCCCUUAUAGUUCGUAUCCAAAUUAUGGUUUCAAAAGCUGUGCGAUUUAGAAACAUCCAACAAGAAGUACUUGCAGUUGCAGAGCCUAAUAAGGAUGGAAUUUAUAGAAAGAUUUAUCCAUAUAGUUUAAUGAUAGAGUAUCAAAACAGAUGUCAAUCAUGGUUUUUGAGCAACUUGAGACAAGUGCUUUUCAUUAUUGCAAUAAUGCCAUUAACAUGCAUAAACACGGUAGCUAAUCUAUUGCUUUUGCGCAUGCCCGCAUCGAUUUCAUCAUUUGGGUAUGCUUCUUCGUUGCUUAUGGCUAUGAGAUCCACUAGCCUAGAGGACCAAGAUGAUAACACAAUUCGAUCAGGCGGAAAAUGCUUAACCACUUAUGGACACAGCUCCAGAAAUUAUGUGAUGAUCUAUGAUUGUGACACGGCUGUCUCUGAUGCCACCAAAUGCAAAAUCUGGACCGACGGAAGCAUAAGAAAUCCCAAAUCUGGGCUAGUCUUGACGGGAAGUAAAGAUAGCUCAGGCACGAUUAUUCUGGUUGUAAAUAACAAUUUUUAUGGUUCUAGACAAGCUUGGUAUGCCAGUAAUAAUACGAAGCCACCAGUGGCCACCAUUGUUGGUUACAAUGGUCUAUGCUUGCUGGCAAGUGGAAGUCGGGUGUAG